AAUGUGUGUUUUCCGGUUUUGGCGGGAAAUUUAUUUUUGUGGUUUUGCCUGGAAAAUACUUUUGGGGGGGGGGGGGGGGGGGGGGGGGGUUGGCGGGAAUUUGUUUGUGGGUUUUAGCGGGAAAAUGCAUUAUUUCGGUUUUGGAGGGAAUAUGCGAAUAUUUUUCCGGUUUUGGCCGAAAAGUACGGUUUUACUGGUUUGACCGAAAAGUGUGUUUUAUGGAAAUAUGCAUUUUACGUUUUUUGAGGAAAAACGCAUUUUGCGGUUUUGGCGAGAAAGUGUGCUUUUUAAUUUUUGCGGAAAAAUAUAUUUUUCGGUUCUGGCGGAAAAAUGUAUUUGCAAAAAAAUAAAAUUUACUGUUUGAAAAUAAUAUUUACUUUAAAAGGUCAUUUUUGUUAUUUAUCAUUUUGGAUUGAACUAGAUGCAUCAUCAAGCCUCACCUUCAUUUGGGUGAGAAUUUGAGAUGAGUUUUAGGGGUACUAUUCGAGGCAAGAAGAUAAGAACAACACUUAGGUCUUCACGUUUCCUUUUAUACUCUGCUUUGUUAUUUUGAAGUGUAUUGUAACUUGUAAGGGGUGAAACCACUAACAAUAACAAAGGUCUGACUGAUUAAUAUUCUCAACUGUUUUCAAUUGAUGCAGUGUAGAUGCUUGUUUUUCAGUGUGAACAUGGAAACAAAUAUUUCAAUCUGAGGCCAAUCAAUGCGUGGUUGAAAAGGUCAAAUAUUGGACUCUCUGUAUUUCAAACUGAAAAUUCUCAUCUUUCGAUUGGUGCAAGGGUAUGGGUGCCUAUCUUUCAUUGGUUCGUGUCCCAACAAGCUAGUAAAGACAUGCACAUGACAAUAUUGCUUGAUUGGUUUGGUAAAAGUCUGAACUUCUUCUUGGCAGUUACGUGAGUAUUGAUCUACUAGUUUUUGAUUUAUUAAAAAUAAGUUUUAUACUUGUGGUCAACAUUGUUUAUAUAUAUGCUCUUGUUAUAUGGUCGCUUCUUCAACUAAUCCGAAGAAGUUAGUUUUUGGAAAGCAGAUGGAGAAGAAGUUAUUUACUUCUUUGCUCUUGUUUACCAUGUUUUCAGGUAUUAGCUUCGCAGGGAUAACGACAGAGAGUCCGUUGUCAAUAGGACAAACACUCAGCUCCUCUAAUGAGAUUUAUGAAUUGGGAUUCUUCAGUCCUCCUGAUAACUCACAAAAUCAGUAUGUCGGAAUCUGGUUCAAGGGUAUCAUUCCCCGGGUGGUUGUGUGGGUGGCCAAUAGAGAAAAGCCUGUUACAGACUCCACAGCACAUCUAGCUAUCAACAUAAAUGGGAGCCUUCUAUUAUUGGAUGGAAAACAUGGGGUUGUGUGGUCCACCAGAGAAUCUUCUGCAUCUAACAGGUCUCGUGCCGAACUUUCAGACGAAGGAAAUCUUAUUGUCACAGACAAUGUUUCAGGAAGAAGGCUAUGGGAAAGCUUUGAGAAUCUUGGUGAUACUCUGCUACCUUUCUCACCCUUGACGUAUAAUCUAGCCACCGGUGAGAAGCGUGUAUUGACCUCUUGGAAAAGUUACACCGACCCAUCUCUUGGUGACGUUGUGGCUCAUAUUACACCGCAGGUGCCAUCGCAGCUGUUUACUAUGAGAGGCUCGACGCCUUACUAUAGAACAGGUCCAUGGGCUAAAACAAGGUUCUCCGGGAUACCACUAAUGGAUGAAACAUUAGCAAGUCCAUUUAGUUUCCAGCAGGAUGCAAAUGGGUCAGGGUCUUUCUCUUAUGUAGAUAGAAGCUCAAAGCUUUCACGUCUACUUAUAACAUCCGAGGGCACUCUGAUGAGGUUCCGGCAUAUUGGGACAGAAUGGGAAGUAAGCUAUCAGGCUCCAGCCAAUCCGUGCGAUGUUUACGGUGUAUGUGGACCUUUUGGACUGUGCAUAAUGUCAGAUUCUCCAAAGUGUAAAUGCUUCAAAGGGUUUGUACCAAAAUUCCCUGAGGAAUGGAAUAGAGGAAACUGGACCAAUGGGUGCGUAAGGCGUACUGAACUAGAUUGUCAAGGGAACUCUACCGGUGAAGAUGUAAAUGUCUUCCAUCCUGUUGCCAACAUAAAGCCUCCAGACUUUUACACGUUUGUAAGUUCUGUGGAUGCCAAAGACUGCUACCAAAGUUGCCUCCACAACUGUUCUUGCUUAGCCUUUGCUCAUAUUCGUGGAAUUGGGUGCUUGAUAUGGAAUCAAGAGCUUAUAGACGUAAUGCAGUUUUAUGCGGGAGGGGAGCUUCUUUCCAUUCGUCUUGCACGCUCUGAACUAGGUAUGGAUAAAAAAGUAACACGUGAUUGCUACUUCUUGCAUUGCUUAAUUUCUCUAAUAUUUAUUUGUUUUUUUUUUUUUUUCAAUUUCUCAGGUGGAAAUAAGCACAAGAAAACUAUUUUGGCCAUUGCUGUUAGCAUUUCUCUCUUUGUGAUAUUGGGUUCUGCUGCGUAUGGUUUCUAUAGAUACAAAGUGAAACAUAAUGCUAUUAUAACAACGGAUGCCUCAGAAGAUUCAUGGAGGAAAGGUCUGAAACCACAAGAUGUCCCGGGUUUAAAUUUCUUUGAGAUGAAUACCAUUGAAACUGCUACCAAUAAUUUCAGCCUGUCAAAUAAACUCGGACAAGGUGGUUUCGGUUCAGUUUACAAGGGAAAGCUGCAGGAUGGGAAAGAAAUUGCUGUCAAACGGCUUUCUAGCAGCUCGGGGCAGGGAAAAGAGGAGUUUAUGAAUGAAAUAGUGCUCAUCUCAAAGCUACAACACAAAAACUUAGUUCGUAUUUUGGGAUGCUGCAUUGAAGGAGAAGAGAGGCUAUUGAUUUAUGAGUUCAUGUUGAACAAAAGCCUUGACACUUUUCUCUUUGAUUCAAGAAAAAGGCUUGAGAUUGACUGGCCUAAGAGAUUCAGUAUCAUCCAAGGUAUUGCGCGUGGACUUCUCUAUCUCCACCGUGACUCACGCCUCAAGGUCAUUCACCGAGAUUUAAAGGUGAGCAAUAUUCUUUUGGAUGAGAAGAUGAACCCAAAAAUAUCAGAUUUUGGAUUGGCUCGGAUGUAUCAAGGAACCGAAUAUCAAGACAACACUCGCAGGGUUGUAGGAACUUUAGGAUAUAUGGCUCCUGAGUAUGCAUGGACUGGUACGUUCUCAGAGAAGUCAGACAUCUACAGCUUCGGAGUUCUAUUGUUAGAAAUCAUCAGCGGAGAGAAAAUCUCAAGAUUUAGCUAUGGCGAAGAAGGAAAACCCCUUCUUGCAUAUGCAUGGGAAUCGUGGUAUGAAAAUGGAGGAAUUGAUCUUUUGGAUAAAGAUGUUGCUAACACAUGUCAGCCAUUAGAAGUUAAGAGAUGUGUUCAGAUUGGUCUGCUCUGUGUUCAGCAUCAACCUGCAGACAGACCCAAUACACUUGAAUUGCUGUCUCUGCUCACCACUACAUCAGACCUUCAAUCACCAGAACAACCCACAUUUUCACUGCACAAGAGAGAUGACAGAUACUUGUGUAAGGGUUUGAGCACUGUUAAUGAGAUAACACAAUCUGCUAUCCUUGGGCGUUAAGAAACGAUGUGUAAUGGAAGUUGUUGAGUUAAAUUGAUUUUUUAUUUCAAUGUCGAUAACUUCAACAACAUCACGCUCUUUCAUUUAAAUACAUUUUGGAACAAAAUGGUUCUUAAGUUAAUGUUUAUUUUAUUUUUGAAAAA